AUGUCGACUUCUCCUAUGUCAAUGUUUACAAUUAUUUCACAACAAGUUACUAUUUAUUUGGGUUUAUUUAUUUUAAUAAUUGGUUUCUUUGGUGGACUUUUAAAUAUUAUUAUAUUUUUAAGUCUUCAAACAUUUCGACAAAAUUCAUGUGCAUUUUAUUUAACAGCUAUGUCAUUUGCUAAUAUUAUUCAUUUAACAAUUAAUUUACUUAGUCAUAUUAUAAUUAAUGGUUAUGAAAUUAAUUUGACAGCAAAAUCAAUAAUUUAUUGUAAAAUACAACUCUUUCUUGUUGAAUUAUUUUUAUUAACAUCAUUAACAUGUAUGUGUUUAGCAACACUUGAUCAAUUUUUAGCAACUUGUUCUAAUCCAUUUUGGCAUCGAUGGAAUAAUAUUAAAUUAGCUCGAUAUGUUUUAAUAGGAACUAUUUUAUUUUGGCUUCUUCAUGGUAUUCCAUCUAUAAUUUAUUUUGAUAUCAUUGUAUCACCAUCCAAUAUGAAUCAAUAUGUUUGUUUAAUUACAAAUACAAUCUUUCAACAAUAUAUUACAUAUGGUUUUGUUUUUAUUCUUAUGGGUCUUUUACCUCUUAUCAUAAUGGUCUUAUUUGGUUCAUUAGCGUACUACAACGUACGAAAUCUAGCUUAUCGAACUGUUCCAUUAGUUCGACGAGAAUUAGAUAAACAAUUAACAAAAAUGGUACUUGUUCAAGUUAUUUACAAUAUCUUCGUUUUAACACCAUUCGUAAUUGUUGCUCUUAUAGCUUUUAAUUUACCAACUAUUGAUCAAAUAAGUGCUGUUCGAGUUUUGGCUAUUGAUAUACAUAAUUUUUAUUUUGCAAGUCCUUUCUAUAUAUAUAUAUGUGUAUCAAAACGAUUUCGUCAACAAUUUAUUCAUGUAUUUUGUAACAUUCAUUUUAAUCUAUACAAAAAAACAAAUAUAAAUAAUAAUCAAAUACAACCAAAACCACCAAAUACAUCAAUCAAUCCUAUUUCAAAAUGA